UCCCAUAGCUUCACUUUCACUUCCCUCUUAUAAAAAUCCAACAAUGAAAACCUCAAUUCAAAUCACAUUAAACAACCUUAAGCACUCCAAACAUUUUAUCAGAACCCCCCAAAAAGGAAAAACAAAAACACCAUAUUAUAAACUUUUCGCCACAUUUCAACAUCCGUACAAAAAAAAAAAACACAUUCUAUACGCUGCAUGGCUAGCAAUUACAAUCCUUCUAACGUGCCCCAAAAUCCAAAUGACCCGCCAAGUCCUACUUCCGAUGCCUCGUCACCGGGACCCGUACAAUCUCCGGGUGGGUCUUCGGGUCAACCCGUGCUGUCUGGGAGGCACUCGAUGUAUCGGGGGAUUCGGAAGCGGAGCGGCAAAUGGGUAUCCGAGAUUCGCGAGCCACGUAAAACGACGCGCAUUUGGCUGGGGACGUACCCGACGCCGGAGAUGGCGGCGGCGGCGUACGACGCGGCGGCGCUGGCUUUGAAGGGGUACGACACGCCCUUGAACUUCCCCAAUUCGAGGCUGACGUACCCGAUACCGGCUUCCGCUUCGGCGAGCGACAUACGUGCCGCGGCGGCGAGCGCGGCGGAGGCGGCGAGGGUGCGGACCGAGUCGGAGAGCAGUAGUCGAGGAGCGCAGGAGCAGGAGACGAGUGUGGAAACGACGAGUCGCGUAGAAGAGGAGUAUGUCGAUGAGGAGGAGCUACUGAACAUGCCGAAUUUGCUGGUGGACAUGGCGGGGGGAAUGCUGGUGAGUCCGCCGAGGAUCGAGUCGAAAUCGUCGUCGGAUGAUUCUGAUGGAGGUGGAGACAAUUUAUGGAGUUAUACAUAAAUUAAAUAAAAAUCCUACAUGAUGUGUGGUGCUGGUUUUUUUUUUAAAUGCCGUAGAAUCUCAUCAAGGUAAGGUCCUUUUAGUUUGAGCAUCCGACUAAACCUCGGAUGUACGAACCUUUGUCAAAACAAUGUACGGUUAAUUUGUAUUGGCUUUUUAGUUUUGCCUUAGUUCUUUCUCUCUCUUCUUUUUUUUUUUUUUUUUUUUUUUUUUUUUUUUUUUUUUGAAUUAGCUAUUAGAUAAGCUUCUCCAUGCUGGGUUUUGUGCUACUGAAGCGUGCCUGUAGCUAGGCAGGUUGGCAGAAGAAUUAAGGUGCUUGAUUUUGCAGUAAGUGAGUAUUGUAAUUUUGCUGCUGCUAUUAUGGCUGGUUUUUUUUUUUCUUUUGAUGAGUGCUAUUAUGGCUGGUUGUUGUUGUAGUAUAUAUAUAUGUGUUAAUGUUAUGUAGUAAUGCUGGAGAGUGUUUCGGUAAAGUCUGAAGAGACUUCUGAGUACUUUUUUGCAAUGUGUUAUUACUAUUAUUGGGAACUUUCGCAACUUUAUUAUUAUCUUUUUAAUACUUUAUAAAUCUACUUUAUCCAUUUUAUUGUCUUAUUUUAUAAUACAUUAUUAUCUUACUUUAUAUUACAUAAAACAUCAAUAAUUCUAUUUACUUUAUCACUUUAUUUAAAUAUUUUUUCUUUAUUAUUAUUUUUUAAUUUUUACUUUUUUCGUUGUCGUAUAUAACCAUUGGAAACCUAAUGACAAGCCAUAAGAAACAUAACAUGUAACCAAAAAAAAAAAAUCCUAAAGUUGCCAGGAGACCCUUAAAAACUCUAAAACACUCCUAGCUUGAAAAAUCUAAUUCAUGUUAAGCAAAAAAUUAUAUUAAAAUUAUCAAAAAAAUGCAAAAUUGAGAAAAUUACAAAAUUAAAUUCUAGUGUUAAAUUAGAUAUCCCAAAAAGGGAAGACCUUAUUCUAAAUUUUAAUUGAAAAUUACUCCAAUAAUAAAAGGAAAUAUUACCAUAAAAAAAAA